GAGUGGUCAGGUAGCCCAGACUUCUGCCUGUAGCCAAGGACAUAAAUAGAUGGUGCAAACAGAAAGUUGACGUUAAAAAGAUCAUCUAGAAAUUACCUCUCUUCAAAUCCUUUAGCUCAGUAUGUGUAUGUGACUACUGUGGAGAGACCACAGUGCUGGGAGGCGUCCUGGAGGCUACAGAAACGUGCCAGGAAGUUCCAGCUUCCCAAGGGUCUUCCUUAAAGUGUAAGUAUGGUUAAAUUGCUCUUUAUUAGCCUUUUCUUACUAGAUGAGGUAGUUUUAAAACCCAUGGAGUACUCAUUGUCUCCUAAAGAAUGAGAUGUUUCAUGAAGUGUAUUUAAGUCUUUGACUUUAAUCACUGUCAAAUAUGCAUGUCUGCUUGUGAAUCUUUUAUGUGACUGAGAAUCCAUCACUGACAUCAUAGCUGUUUCUUAGCAACCUUGACUCAGUGAACAGUGACUCCCUCUGUUCUGUAGGGUGAAGAGAGUAGGGAGACAGACGGGGGGAGAGAGAUGCAUAUUCUCUCCCCUAGAAGAUACCUCCGGUACCUUGGGGAAGGAAGAGUGCCCAGACGGGGACGGGAGAGAGGAGCUGCAUUUAGUAUUACCUCCUUGCUGAUAACAUUCGAAGUCUUCAGGGGCAUCUUGGUCCUUGUGUUCAUGAAUUUUCUAUUUAAAAUUCCUUACACAUGACCAGUGUUUUACACUUUACAAAGUGUUCUUAUGUGCAGUUUAUCAUUUGAUUCCCAAAGUGACCUUCCUGAAAUAGGCAAGGAGGUCUUCAUUUACAAAGGAGGAAAUAGAAAUUCAGGAAGGAUAAGUCACUUGCCUCACAAUCCAGGGUUCUUAUUUUAUAUUAGGAGCAUUUAAAGUCUAUAAUAAUUCAGGUUAAUCCUCUUUUUUUGCACUUGGUAUUUGAUUUCUUAUUUGGUCAGAUUUAACUGAGCUUUUGUAACCUUUUAGAUCCCACAAUUUGGAGGGGAGGAGAAAGGGUGGGAAGAACCUAUAGCUUCACUAGGCAUUUGAGCUCAUUUGGAAAUUCACGUCAGCUUCAGAAGCCUUGUCAUCUUUGUCUUCCCAAGAGGUGGACUUAAAUUCAUUAAAAGGAUGUGAAAAGAAUGAGGACUGGGAAGGUGGUUACCAGCAGAGGCAGUGACGCAGCCACAGAGUGACUCUUUUCCCUGCUGGGGCCUCACCUGUCAAUAAGGACUGGACUUCUGUGUGAGCUGCAGUUUCAUCUCCAACCUGUGCAUGCCAUCUGUGAGCUUGGGAGGGUCUCCUGCCUUGAAGUUCAGUUACACCCUCGUGGAGGAUUCAGCUGGAAUACACUGGGGUGCUGGCUAACAGUGGUGAAAUGCCCACUGGCAUAUGAAGGCUUUGGCCAUGGAUUUCCUCCUUGGCAGCCUGGUAUUGGCUGCCUGUCUGCCUUUGGUGGUGACUUCACCUAACAUCCUAGCCAUCCCAGAGAAGCUACAACAGGCUGUGGGGAAAGUUGUGGUCAGUGCCACACCCUGCACUGUCACCUGUGGCCUUGGCUACAAGCAGGAGACGGUCUGCGAGGUGGGCCCUGAUGGAGUGAGGAGGAAGUGUAAAUCUCAGCGCUUGGAAUGUCUGACCAACUGGGUCUGUGGAAUGCUCCAUUUCACCAUUCUCGUAGGGGAGGAAAUGGAGCUGAGCUGUUUGAGUGCAGACACCCUGGAGGUCGGGCAGGAAGCUUUCUGGUUCACCUGGCGACUUGCUCGGGGCAUCAUCUCAACUGACGAUGAGGUCUUCAAACCCUUCAGUGCCAGGUCCCACUUUGUGAAGUUUCGAUCUGCUCAGGAAUAUGACUCUGGGACCUACCGGUGUGAUGUGCUGCUGUUAAAGAACUUGAGGCUUGUCAAGAGGCUCUAUUUUGGGCUGAGGGUCCUUCCUCCUAACCUAGUGAGCCUGAAUUUCCAUCAGUCCCUUACUGAGGAUCAGAAGCUAGUAGAUAAGGGCCUGGAAGUAAAUCUGGGCAACUAUUCCAGGCCUCACCACCCACCAUGGAGAAAGAAGGUGCCUCUGGCCUUGGGAAUAGGAAUUGCCUGUGGGGUAGCUGGUGGUGUGCUGGUGGGCAUUGUCCUGUGCAGCGGGCCGAUGGCGAGCUGCGGCGGUGCCCGCCUGAAGGCCUUGCAGGCCUUGUUCCUGAAGUGCUGGCCGCCCAGGGGUCUGGACUGGCUGCCCAGGAAGCUGAGCUGGCUGCCCAAGAUGCCAAGCUAGCUUUUGAGGGCAGAGUUCUGGCUGCCUGAUUGUGGAUCGGUCAAGAGGAAGGGCUGCUGCUGCCAAAAGAACGAGUGGGGGAUGUAGAGCGAGGCGGCAGCAUGGCAACUGUGAGCAGUAGUCCGUACCUUCUCUGUGUCCUAGACGGACCUCUUCGUCAUCUUCCCUGCCCUCUAGGUACCCAGGGAGCCUGACUGUGGGCACCUCCCUGCUCCUGCCCAUGCGAAGAGUUCUGUCUUCCAAGCUCGCGUUCAUUUUCGGCUUGUAUGCCUCCCUCUCCACCUCCAUCUCUCGUCUCCUGAGCAGUAUAAUCACGUGAGAGGAUAUUAGUAGCUUUUCUGGUGAAGACAUUUUUUUCCUCUUCAAUAAAAAUGAUCCACAGUAGCUGCAUGGAGACUUAAGCUUUUCUGCUGUUCAGUUAAAAUUUUCCUAGAUUUGUUGAAAUUGACCCGUAAUUGGUCUGGCUUUAUUUUCUUCAAAUAUCUUAGAACAGACAUUGAACAACUUGCUUUGUAGAGGGUCAUAAGCCAAGGUGGUUCGUGAUGACAUCUGACUUCGGUAUAUAAUAGUCACUAAAUAUUAAUAAAUUAUCUGCCCCUCCUGUACACCCCAGGUGAACCCUCUGUGUUCAGUUUUAAACUGAUUGCUGGCAAACUGGAUCCUUUGUGUGGUAGGUCUCCCCUGAGUAGUUUGUUGCCGUGCACCCUGCUCCCAUCCUUCCGGCACCCUGAAGCCGGUGUUCCUGGGAAGGUCAAGUGUAUUGUCUUCAUAUAACAGUCGAGUCCCCCUAAGAGAGGACUAGCACCUUCUUUCCUCCUUAGGAAAUCUAAUCUGAAGACCCUAAAGGCCAUUCAGACUGAGAUCAUUGGCUUGUGGAAUCAGCAAGGGAAAGCCUCUUGGCCACCAGCUGAGCUCAUUCUGUUGAGAAAGGGAACGUCUCACCCCCUCACUUUGUUCUAGCUGCAGAAGGAUGAAUGGAAGCCGAGACUUGGACCAGUGGAUCUCUUUAGCUGUGUGUCUGAAUCACCUGAAUAAGCUUUUGAAAGAUAAGAUUCAACCUUAUUUUUCAAAACCUGAAAAAUAUGACCACAGUUAUGGAUGACAUAUAAUUCACUGAAUAAAAGAAAAUCCAUUGAGACCUCGGGAUUAAAGAGUAAAAAGUACAUCUUCUUUGUAGAAAAAUGCUAGCUAAUAAAUCUAGAAAUGAUGAGUUUAAAGACUCACCACUUUCCAAUCCUCAUCAUAUCAUGAGGCAAGGAUUAGGGAUUCCAGAACGUUGGUGAACAGGUUUUAGAAAAGCCAGUAAUCCCAAAAUAUCACUCCACACACUACUAACCCUGAGGAUGCUACUUCAGUUUAAAUUAUGGUCAAUGGAUUUAUAUUAUUUCCUCUAUUUCUAAUUUUAGAAAGUUUCAAACCCAGAGAAAAGUUGAAAGGUUUGAUAACACCCAGAGACAAUUUAACAGGAUUCACCAGCUGUGAAUGUUUUGCUGCAGUUAUAUUUCUCUCUAAAUACACACUGAUUUGA